AAGAAAAAACAUGGCAACAGAUACAAAAAUCAACAUUGGCGAUGAUCAACUUUAUGAAAAUGUCUACUAUUCCAAAAAUAUUUCCGUUGAGGCUGAUUACCGAACACCCGAACUACUGAAACAGACCCAAAAACAGGCCGAUGAAAUUGUCGAAAUAAUGUACAAUAAUGUCAACAAGGUUAUGGACCGUCAAGAAAAACUCGAAGAUUUAAAUGCCACCGCCGAAGCCUUGCAAGCCCAAGCUGCCACCUUUCAGACCACAGCCGUUACAUUGAAGCGAGAAAAGUGGUGGUCUCACAUGAAGACCAAAAUAAUUAUUGCCAUUAUAAUCGCCAUCAUAUUGAUUAUAUUAAUCGCAACACUGGUGUCAUCAUUUAGCGGUUCUUAG